AUAACCACUGGUUAUAACCAUAAAGAGAAUACCAAUUAUGAGUGACGAGCCAACUACCAACUUUACCGCAUCUUUCGUUAUCCCAGACGAGGAUCCUAGCUUUAAACAUAUUCCUUCCAAAUACUACUGUUCUGGUUGUAAAAAACUUUUAAGGCACGCCUUUCAAACGGUGUGCGGUCAUCAUGUAUGUGAAACAUGCAAAGACGAAUUGAAAGAAUGUCCUGUUGGCGACAAUGACUGUAAAUUAUCUGCUUCACUACUGGAAGAAUCGGAAAGUUUUAUUGAGCGUUUUGAUACUGGCAUAAAAAGAGAACUGUCGAGACUAACAGUUUUUUGUCCUUUUAGGCAUAGAGGAUGUGCUCAGGAAUGCCAAUGGAGGCAUUUACAAAUUCAUAGUGAGAACUGUGAAUAUGGAAUUUUUCCUUGUCCUUACGUAAAAUAUGGUUGUGAGUUCAAGGAAAUACCAAGGAAUAAAAUAAUUGAACAUGCAAAUAAAUGCAAAUUUCACCCUGAAAGAAAAGUGGAAUGCAGAUUUGGUUGUGGCUUAGAAGUAAAAGUGAAGGAUUUGGAGAGUCAUGAAACAGAGUGUAAAAAUGUUCAUAUAAAUUGCCCAUUGGAGGAUUUGGGAUGCACUAAAAUAUCAGAUGUUGCAAGCAGGGAAAAGGUUGAAGAACACAUUAGAUCACAAAACGCUUUUCAUUUCGGCUUAGUAUCAGAUUCUUUUGGUGAAGUAAAUGACUGUGUUGAAGUUCUAACUAAGGAUUUGAUUGCUGUUAGCGAAACUGUUGAAAAGUUAAAAGAUGAAAUAAAAAAGAAAGAUGAAAUUAUACUUCGACUGCAAGAAGAAAUUGCGAAUAAUAGACAAGAUGCCAGAAAUUCUAAUAAUAAUCCAGACUCUUUUAAUUCCCAAGAAAAAAGCAACUCUUCUGGCAGUUUUCAUAGUUUAGAGGUUAAUUUUGGAUUACUGAGAGUGAAAUUCGACGAAAUGGAAGUAAGACUAGAAUCUUUGGAAAAAUCUUCAUAUAAUGGAGUGCUAAUGUGGAAAAUAGUGGACUACAUGCAAAAGAAAAGAGAUGCAAAGACGAAAAAAGCUUCAACGAUAUAUUCUCCCCCAUUUUAUUCUACCAGAUUUGGAUAUAAAAUGUGUGCUAGAGCUUAUUUGAAUGGCGAUGGUGCUGGCAAGGAUACCCACUUUAGUCUUUACUUUGUUAUAAUGAAGGGCGAUUUCGACCAUCUACUGAAAUGGCCGUUUCAACAAAAGAUAACACUAUCUCUGUUGGAUAUGUCAGGAAAUGGUGUUCAUGUUUCAGACACAUUUAGACCUGAUCCUAAUUCAAAGAGUUUCAAAAAGCCUACAUCUGACCUUAACGUUGCAUCUGGAUGUCCUCAGUUCAUUCCAAUAGACUUACUGGAAAACCCGUCAAAUGGCUAUUUGAAAGACAAUCAAUUAUUAAUAAAGGUGUCGAUAGAUACAAGUGGUUUGAAGGAUCCAUAA